AUGGAGGGGAAAGCUAUUCUUCUUUGCCUCACGGUGCUAGUCCUGCUAGGAGAUUCAAUUCAUGCUCGGUGCUAUGAAAAGCCUGCUUACUGGAUACCUUUGUAUUGCCUAGACGAAAAUUUCUGCCAGAACAAAUGCGUGAAGAAGUUCGGAAAGCUCGUGAAAGGUUCUUAUUGUAAAAUGACUGGAUUUUUCAUAGUCUCCUGUUUAUGUACGCUCUGCGAUUAG